GGUUGUGUCCGAAUGUUUGAAACAUGGACCCUAAGGGAGGAGUUUCGCAACUCAUACGAUUUAAGCGACAUAUACGUAAACAUUGGCCAUGUGCGAUUCCGAGUCGAGCAGUGAAGACGGCGAUUCAAGCGACUUCUUGGGUUUAAAAGGCUCAGAUUGGGACGUGAAGCUGCAUGAAGCGACAGAGAAGGCGUACGAAUUCAUAAAAGCCGACUUAGUUUUGCGUGAAUCUGCAACUACACUCGCAAGCGACAACAUCGGCCCGAAGAUCAGGUCCGAACCUCAACCGGCGAGUCACAAGGAGCUGCACAGCACGCGACGUCCCAACGUAAAGCGAACUUCGGAAAGUACCGCGUGUUUCUCAGAAACAAAACACGCAAAGCUAGAAACCAAGCAAGACGAUUCCUUACUUGCCAAACAUACUGCAUCACCGCGGGGCGCCUUGGAUACAUCCCUGGUAAUUUCCGAAGACAAGCGGACGAACGCCGCCGAGUACAGUGCAAGGGUGGUGACGCGCUCUUUUCGACGCUUCAAGGCGCACGACAAAGCGCUUGUGGCCGCUUCCUGGGCACCGGAGCCUUUCAGCAGACUUCUGCUGACCGCCUCUCACGACGGUCAUGUCAAGUUGUGGCAAUCGACGACUGGAAAGUGUGUUUACGACCUUCCCAGCGAUGACGGCAUCAGGAGCGCUCGGUUCGCGUUGUACGGCGCAAAGUUCGUGCGCUGCGGCUGGGACCGGAAGACGGUCGUGGUGGACCCGACUUCGAACGCGGUACUAUUUUCGUGCACGCCUUCUCAGGGUCUCCCCACAUGCGUGCGUUUGGACCCGUCGAGCGAGCCGAAUUUCUUCGUGGGUAGCAGAGACGUCGCCGAGCUGUGGGACACCCGUCGAAGUCCGGCGGCAAAAGCCGUGCGGACUUUUCCCGUUCGCUGCGGAGAGGUACUCGACCUGCUGCCUAUUCGCGGCGGUCUAGAACUGGCCUGCAGCGGCGACCUCGUCACUAGGGAUUCCUGCGAAGCGGCGCUCUCCGUGUGGGACGUAGGUUCGGGCGCCCGGCUGUCGGGUCAGGUGUACCAGGAGAGAUACACCAUUCCCUGCCUCGAAAGUUUGUCGCCAAACACUAUCUUGGCGCAGACGAACGGAGACUACAUCGCCAUGUUUCACGCGGAUCGACCUUAUCGGCUCAACAAGCGUAAGCGCUUCGAAGGGCACAAAGUGUCCGGUCAUCCAGUUAGGUGUAGCGCGUCACCGGACGGUGCCCUUAUCUGCAGCGGUGACGCGGACGGUGUACCGCACAUCUACUCGGCGCGGCACGUGAACACGGUUGCCGUGGUGUCGCUGCCGGCCCAUAACACGCCGGCCACGCAUCCCGACUGGCAUCCGAGCCGGCCAGGCUUGUUGCUGAUUGGCUGCGCGGACGGUCACGUCCACUUGUGCCAUUAGCACUCGAUAAAGUAUCCUCUAACUCAUCAUUCACGGGACCCGAUGUUGUGAUAUUUGUUGCAAAUAGAAGAGGGGAAAAACGUGCCCUGUUCAGGCUCUUCAUUUUACAAAUUUAUGUCACCAGUGCACAUGUGUAACAUGCUCUUACAUAGCCUUGUUAAGUUAUGGAAAUAGGAAAGCUUUGCCACUCUU